CAACUAUGGUAUGUAUUAAUACUCUGAUAUCUGCUUAACGCAGGGUGGGAUUGUCAUUAUGAUGAGUUUUGAACAAAGUCAUAACUAGAGUCUGUGAUUACUCAUGAUCCGAAAUGCUUCGUACUGAAUAUGUGGAAUCCUGCUCAGAUCUGGUGUGUAUGUGAUGAGUGGAUGCUAAUAGUGUUGUGUAGGUUGUUUAUAUAUCCCGUGCUGGAAGAUAGUCUUCUGUUCUGUUAAUGGUAUGUCUUUGUGUGUUGUUAUCUCUCUUCUCUCUUCUCUCUUCUGCUUCAUCUGAUGAAGAACCUUUGACGUUGGAAUUACCGACUGAAUCUUUAUGUCGAAAAAACUCUGGCACCUCUUCUGAUUACAAGCACAAAGAAGAGAUUGAAGAGCGAGAUGAUGAAAUUUUUAUUGAGCAUCAGCUAACGUCUCUACUAGUAGGUUACUUCUUUUCUUCUUCUUUCUUGUUUUUUCUCUGUACUCUCAUCGGGAUGAAGUUUUGCACUGGGCACUGACGCCAAACGGCGAUUCAUGAGCGAUAUGCAUACAGUGGGCCUAGAAAACCCACGCGACUGAAUUGUAUUUGAUGUAAUUGAGAUUCAUUUAUUGUGGUGCUGUUCUUUGUUAUAUCUCUGGUUGCAGCUGCUUAUCUCUUUUGAUAGAAAUGUACUCCUAAUACCAUCAU